CGUCCCAGCGUCCCUUUCAAUUUUGAAUCAUCGGACCGUUGUUCUAUUUAUUGAUACCUCCUGCUUCUAGAACAGUUCUCAGAUACGCUCAGCAUACCAGCAUUCGUCUCCUUUCUUUUCUGCUCAAAAUUCUUGCUCUCGCAAUAGAGGAAUCUUUUGUUUGUAUGUGUGAUUGCAUAUAUAUACAUAUAGGAUCGAAGGAAUUUGCUCAUUUUUGGAUUGGAAUGAGCGUUGAGGCGAUCAGUCGGGGUACGGCUGUAUCUUGUGUCGGAUUGGAGUUGAUGAAGCUGGGUUUGGUCUGUUUUGAAGUUCUUGUCGGCAAGUGUUUUUCGUCAAUCGAAGGAUGCUUGUGAAAUGAUUUUCUUUAUUUCGUUCUUCCAUUCAUUUGCGUAUUUGAAAACGGCAUUUAUUUCAAGAAUGAAACCCUAAGUAGGAGGAUCCUUUUUGGAGAUUCGGUUAAGUUUGUGUUGUUUGAUCUCUUUCUAGGAUAUUUGCCUCUGAUUUUGCCCAUUGAGAUUCUUGAGUAUUUCUUGUAAUUGGAAAUUUCAACUCGCAUGUUUCCUUAGAUUUCCAGAACACAUGUUUUAUCUCUACAUAGCUGACUCUUCUUCAUCCAUACACUGGUAGCCAUAGCUUUAACAUAUUAUGAGAUUUCUCAUUUCACCGGGCGCAGAAAUUGCGGUAGCAUAUAAUGAUUAGGAGACAACAUUCUGUAGAUGGUUGCCAGUGUUUGGAAUUUUGGGGCAUAUGCAGGUUUUCUUAUUUCUUGACUAAAUAUGAAUGGUGAUGAGAGUAGAAAAACACUUCGAGAUGGUGCUGGCAGUGGUUCAGAAAGAGCUCAACCGUUGCAUGGGAGGACCAGUGGGCCUAGGAAGCGCUCCACAAAGGGGCAAUGGACUGCAGAGGAGGAUGAGAUAUUACGGAUGGCUGUUCAACGAUUUAAUGGAAAAAACUGGAAAAAGAUUGCGGAGUGUUUCAAGGAUCGAACAGAUGUGCAAUGCUUACACAGGUGGCAGAAGGUUCUUAAUCCAGAUCUUGUUAAAGGUCCAUGGACAAAAGAGGAGGAUGAAAGCAUAACUGAAUUGGUGAAUAAAUUUGGACCAAAAAAGUGGUCUACCAUUGCGCAGCAUCUUCCUGGGCGUAUAGGGAAGCAAUGUAGGGAAAGGUGGUACAAUCAUCUUAACCCUGGCAUAAAUAAAGAAGCUUGGACUCAAGAUGAGGAGCUGACUUUAAUUCGUGCCCAUCAGAUUUAUGGGAACAAGUGGGCUGAGUUAACAAAGGUUUUGCCUGGGAGGACUGACAAUGCAAUUAAAAAUCAUUGGAAUUCUGCUGUCAAGAAGAAGCUAGACAUGUAUAUGGCAUCAGGGCUACUUUCACAGUCCCAAGGCGCACCCCUUGUUUGCCAUAGAGAGCCAGCUUCCUCUUCUUCAAUGGCACAACAAAGUAGUGAAGAUGGUAGAAACAGAGCAGAGGUGGUGGAAGGUACAUCUCAGUCUACAAACAAAUCAAUCAAGAAAAUUAAACAUCCCGAGGGGAGCUCCAGAGCAACUGAAGAAUCAAGUACAGUCCGCUCUUCUGAAGAUCAUUGCCCUACUUCUCAAGACGUCACAUAUGCCAUACAAAAAACACCUUGUAAACAGCAGGGUGAUGAAUUUCUUGAACUUGGUUCCUCUCCAGAUCAGGUAACACUUCCAAGGAAUGAUCAACAAAACACAGAUGGUGGGCUGCCUGAUAUGUCUUUCCAGGAGCUUUGGCAAAAUUCACCUGGAAUGUUCAUUUCAUCUUUUUCUGGAAGGGAUAACCAAGAAAAUGCAUCCUUUCCUUCAGCAACUUAUGAGGAACAUACUUCCGUGACAAACAGGGUUGUGAAUUCUGCUACUCCUAACUCUAUUGCUAGUUUGGACUGCCAGAGGGAACAUAGUCAGGAUAGCCAUGAUAAAUCUCUCUUUGAAACUACUACUAGGGAUGUUGAUGGACCUGCAGAGUCGUCAUAUAAUCAAUGUUCUUCUCAGGUGCCUUAUGAUAUGAUGGGAAUUCCUCUUCGUCAACCUCUUGCCACUCCUAAUCUACUCCUGGCGUCUAAUGAUGAUUUGCUUAUUUCCAGUAUAACUGCAAAUCAGUGCAACUAUUCCUCUCAUAUGAUUGCUGAGCAGGAGUCCAGUUUGCAAAGACAAGGUGAUGAAUUUGUUCAUGCCAAGGAAUUCAAUAAUUUUGCUUGUAUGGAAAACUCCGCCGUGGUAAAUAUGCAAUCAAAUCUAGUUUUGGCAAAUGAUUUUGUAUCAACUCCAUUGGAUGUUUCUCAAUGUUGUUCUUCCAAAGACAAACACCGAGCUGACUCAGAAGAACAGGGGUUGGGAGUUUUAUUCUAUGAACCUCCUCGUUUUCCAAGCUUUGAGAUGCCAUUUUUCAGUUGUGAUCUUAUAGAAUCUGGCAGUGAUAUGCAUCAACAGUACAGUCCGUUUGGCAUACGCCAGCUGAUGAUUUCUUCCAUGACUCCACUCAAACUCUGGGAUUCACCAAAUAAAGAUGAUAGCCCAGUCGCAGUUUUGAAAAGUGCAGCCAAGAGUUUUCCCGACGCUCCAUCAAUAAUGAAAAAAAGAAACCGAGAUAUGUUAUCUCCUGCUUCUGAAACAAGCAGUGGAAAGAAGCUUGAAAGUAUAUCUGAACAAGAGUUUUCCAACCCAACAAAUGAUGUUUCCACAUCGGAAGAUGUAUUUAAUGGAAGUAUAGAUGAAAGAGAAGCAAUGCUGUUGGUAUCUCCAGAGUGUAAAGGGAAAUUCGAAGUGCCUUUUAUGGAAAAAGAAAACAUGGUCCCUGCUCCUGAUUGUCAGGCGAAGAAUGAAGGCAGCAAAAAUCUUCUUAUCUCAUUCGAUGAGUAUUCAGACAACAUACCUGAACAUGCUUCUGUGGGCAAAGAUGCAAUGGAUUUGGAAAAUGAGUUAUCUGGAAUCCUUGUUGAACAGGAUAUGAAUAACAUGCUAUUCUUGUCUCCUGACCCUUUUGGAGUUAAGGUUGAUAGAUCAUCUGGCCCCGGCUCCAGAACUCUUGGAAAUAAGUAUUCGAAAAGACUUGAUUGUGUAUCAAAACAUGGUGCUAUUUUAUCUUCUGCCGAGACACUGAGCUUUUCUGCUAUUUGUUCUCCUAGAGACAUCACACAGAAGGAUUGCACUAUUCUUGCUGCAACAACGUCAAUGCAAACAUUGAAUAGCCCUUCAGAGAAGAAAGUUGAAAGUUCUGGUGAAGGCAUAGUCGAAACAGACAGCAGAUGCGUGGAGACACCAUUCAAGAGGACUACUGAGUCUCCUUCCAUAUGGAAAUCACCUUGGUUUAUUAACAAUUUUACACCAGGUCCCAUAGUUGAUACAGAUAUAACAGUUGAGGACAUUUUGAGCCCAGGGGACAAAAGUUAUGAUGCCAUUGGGUUAAUGAAGCAAUUAGAAGAGCAUACUGCUGGUACCUUUGCUGAUGCACUGGAGAUUUUGGGAGAAGAAACUCCAGAAUCUUUGAAAGCUAAAUGGGCAAAAGGCCCAGGAGAAGGAAAGCCGAGCUGCUUUAGUCCAGAUUCCCAAAGCAAAUAUUAUGCCCUUAAGGCUACAAAUUUUGCGACUGGGAGGCGUACCCUUGAUUUUAGUGAAUGCGGAACACCUAGAAAGAGAAAUGUUACUUUUCCAUCAAGCAGCAGUCAAUGACCUCAAAAUUUUCAUUCUACUGUAAUCUCUAUGAAUCCCUUAAUUAAAAUUUAUGCAGUUUGUGACAUAUGAUCUAGUGUUUGAAUAUUCCAUUUAUUCUUGUAUCUUCUACCACCCGGAAUAUCCUGAAUAAGGAAAAAGAAAGAAAAUGAACAAUGGAUUAGAUUGAAGUAUGUUGAGGAUAUGGAUCAUUCUUUUUGUUCAAUGCUGUCUUAAAGUGUAUUA